GGAGGUCUGCAGCGGGAGCAAAACCGUUGCGUCAUUUGCGGACUGGGGGAGCAACCGCCGUUCCCUUUUUUUUACGCGUUGUUCCAUCUUCCCGCCUCCCGUCGCGACCUUCUCCACCACCAUCUCUCUCUCUCUCUCUUCCCCCCAGUUCUCACCUUCCCUCUUCAUCCUUUUCCCACUCCAACCCAUCUCCGACUUUUCCACCACCACCCCCUGAUUGGAAAGCUAAAGCUUCUCCUCUCAUUCUCCAUCCCUUCUUCCUCCGUUUACGUGUUUGUGAGCUCUGUCGCGCAUCAUGGCUGAGGACACGCCCACCGCCGCUGCGCCCGCUGCUGAGCCGGAGCGCGCUCCUGCAGACUCUAAGGCCGGCCCCGAGGAGUCCACUCCCGAGGUUCCCAAGGAGAAAGAAGCUGAGGCGACCAAUGGGUCCGACAAGAAGCCCUCCGAGGACGCGACCGCCACGGAAGACAAGAAAGAAUCGACGGAUGCUUCCGCCGAACAACCUCCUGCCCCCACGACCGACGCGAAGGAGCAGUCUGAGGAGAAGGCUGCGCCUGCCGAGUCGGAGGCCGCGCCCGCUGCGGACGUCUCCGCGACUCCCGCGUCCGCCAAGAAGUCGGGAGGAUCCAAGCGCAAGUCUACCGGCGGCGCGUCGGACAGGAAGUCGCUAAGCCGGAAGAAGUCGAUGUCUCGCGUCACCCACCUGCACGCGCAGCCGGGCGAGUACUACCUGGCGCGUCUCCGCAGCUUCCCGCCGUGGCCCUCCAUCGUCUGCGAUGAGGAGAUUCUCCCCGAGUCUCUCCUCGAAACGCGUCCGGUGUCGGCCAAGCGCACCGAUGGAACUUACCGCGAGGACUACGCCGACAGCGGCAAGCGGGCUCACGAGCGCACCUUCCCCGUGAUGUUCUUGGAGACGAAUGAAUUCGCGUGGAUCCCGAAUAUGGACCUGUCUCCGCUGGAUCCCGAGUCCUGCAAAAAUGUGUCGCCCAAGAGCAAGGGCAAGCUGCUCCUGGCUGCCUACGCGGUCGCGUCCGAGGCGCAUGAUCUACAGUAUUUCAAGACCCUGCUCGCCGACCACCAGCGCGCGCUCGAACAGGAGAUCGAGGAGAAGGAAGCCCAGGCGGCCGCCAAAGCCGAGGCCAAGGCCGAGCGUGAUGCGAAGAAAAACAAGCGGAAGAGCAUGGAGAUCGUCGACGAUGAAGACGUCGAUAUGGAGGAUGCGAAUGCGGAAUCCAAAAAGUCCAAGAGCUCGAAGAAGCGCAAGAAGGAUGCGGAGACCGAGGACGACAAGCCGGCGAAGACCCCCAAGACCAGCACGAAGCUGAAGUUGACGACCCCCAAGACCCCGGCCAGCGAAACGAAGAAGACCCCCUCCAAGAGCAAGCAGGCGGGCGGCAGCAAGAAGGCCGGCAAGGCUAGCGCCAGUGAAGCCGAAGAGGAGGCCGCGCCAGCCAAGGGAUCGGCGAAGCCGGUUAACCCGGAGGAGGCCAAGGCGAAGCGGGAGAAAGAAAUUCUUUUCGUCCGUCAUAAGCUCCAGAAGGGGUUCAUUUCUCGCGAUCAACCGCCCAAGGAAGAGGAGAUGAACGCCAUGUCCACCUACUUCACCAAGCUCGAGAACUACGAGGAUCUGGAGGUGUCGGUGAUUCGUGCCACCAAGAUCAACAAGGUCCUGAAGAUGAUCGUGAAGUUGAACACGAUCCCGCGCGACGAGGAGUUCCGAUUCCGCGAACGCGCCAUGAACAUCCUGACCAAGUGGAAGAACGUCCUGGACACCGAUGUCGGCACCCCGGUCGCCGAGGAGAAGGAGAAGGACGAGAAGCCCAAGGCCAACGGCGUGCAGAAGGAGGACAGCGUGGACACCCCGGCGAAGGAGACCGACGGCGAGAAGGAGAAGGAGGAUGAGUCUAAGGCUGAGAAGACCGAGGCCGCCGACGAGCCGAUGCCCGAUGCGGACGCCGAGGAUAAGAAGGCGUCAGCUGACGAGCCUGCCGCAGAGGAGACCGACAAGACGGCUCCCAAGGUGGAUGAGGAGGCCAACAAGGAGAAGACCGCGGAGGAGGAGAAGACCGAGGAGAAGACUGCUGCAGCGGACUCAUGAGGACGAGGAAACAACACUAGAGCACAAAUGACUUGAACCAUAUUCUUUCUUAUCUCUUUUUUUUUGCUGUUGUUUCCUGCCCCAACAACUAACUUCAUUAUGUCUCCUACUUUUGCUGCUUCCCUGGUCUUGAUCCGGCUGAUAGCGUUACUCGCAUUGGUUUUAUUUCAUCGUUCCUACUUUCUU